UAUCGACCUAGUUAAUAUUACAAAUAAAUUAAAGAAAUUUUAUGCCUGCGUUAUAAUUUCGAAUUAACGUUCCAACAGUUUAAGUUGAAUAAGCUAGUUUUUUGGCUAAAAAAAACUAUUUUUCUGAAGAUUGAUUAGUUUAUCGGAAUAAUGUUGAUGAUUAGUAAUGUUAAAAUAAAUUAAACCAAUUUAUGUGAAGUCCUUUUCUUAUCUAGACUAUUUUCUCGACAAUUUAUAAAGAAUAUGGCUUUGGCGGAAUGUGAUAAGACUGCGGAUAACUUCCAAAACGUUCAUCAAAUAUGUCGACUAUGCCUGAGUGAAGAAUUCCUCGAAGAUAUACAUAAAGACGAAAACCUGCAGCAGUGGAUAUGUGACUUCCUUUCGAUAACGGUUUCUACUGAGGAUGGCCUGACUCAGAGUGUUUGUGAUAUCUGUCGAAUACGGUUAUCCGAGUUCCAUCAGUUUCGGUUGCGCUGCCAGGAAGUGCAAACCAUACUCCAGUCUACGGUUGAGGAUCAAAAUGAUAACGUUGACAAGCCAACGUUGAUGGAGAACGGGUCUCAGGGAUUCAUCGAACACAUGUGCACGUAUUGUGGAAAAGCAUUUGAAGUGAGUUCGCAUUUGACCAAACAUAUGGAGAUGCAUGAAAACUCAGAUCGAGGAAAUUCAGAUAAACUCGUGCCUACCGAGGACGAGCUGCAAGAAGUAAUAAACCAACUGUAUGAACGAACUGAUUUUACAAUCACGAAACAGAGCCAAAUAGUUGAACAACAAGCUGACAUGGGAUCCUCGCAUGAAAAUGGUAAUUAUUCGCUAAAUGAGUUCCAGGUAACUCCGUUCCAUUCGGAUCUAUCAUAUGGUGAUGUUCAAGGCCAGGAAAAUGAGAAACACUUCGGCUAUGAGCAAACGAUAUGCAUAGAGGAAUCAGAUGAUUAUUCAGAAGCAUCUGUUGCUUCAAGGCGCAAUGAGCCUUCAACGAUUUACCAGACAGAAGAUUUUGAUAGUGGAACAAAUGAGCCACAUGCAUUUUUAACUGAUUUUGAUAGUAGAACAAAUGAACCAUAUGAAUUUUUAACUGAUGGUGCUCAAACGAUCACCAUCGACGACAUCGAAUACAAUCAAUCGACACGUUGCAAUAUUUGUAAUAAAGAGUUUCAGUGCAAAAGAAAACUUCGAGGUCAUAUAGUGGUAGUACAUGGGCCAAAAAAGCAACAAUGCUAUGUGUGCAAAGUUAAAUUUGCUCUUCGAAGCAGCUUACUCCGGCAUUUGACUUCUAAGCAACAUUUGAGCAAAGUGCAGGAAAUACAUCCUACCGAAGCCCUACCUGAGGAAAUCUGCACUACCGAUGAUGUUGGUAAUGACUUCGUGUGUACGAAAUGCGAUCGUACAUUCGGCCGAGCUUGCUAUUUGACGAGUCACAUGAAAAUUCACUUUGGGAAAAAUGCAAAUAAGUUCACAAUGGCGACAAAUGAUGGAAAAGUUGUACCUGAGGAACAACAGCAGGCGGAUGUUCAGCAGCCUGUUCCGGUUAUAUACGUGGAUGAUGACUUAUUUUUGCACUUUACGGUUCUUCAUCCGGUUCCGGAACAGUCGGAGAGACACUACACUAUACUCGAUCCGGAUCGACUGGACCAAAUUUAUGUUCUAAUCAUGGUUUCAAUAGAAAUCAAAACAGAACCAGGUGUUGAAACCCCUAAUCUGCUUUGUCGUCUAUGCUUGAGCGAAGGCUCUCUCGACGAUGUCUUCGGUGAAGAAGGCCUUCGUCAAAGGAUAUUGGAUUACCUAGCCAUCGAUAUAGUUUUCGAAGAUCGCACAAGCAAAAUUAUAUGCGCUAUUUGUCGAUCACGUGUGAAUGAGUUCCACCUAUUUCGGGAACGCUGCCAUGAAGUGCAACACGUACUGCAAUCCAUGCUUCAGGAUAAAGAUCUUGGAAUGGCAAAUAAGCAAAGUGGUAACAAUCAGUUAACAGUUUUCGAAACGAACAUCAGUACAGCAGUGCAAACGCAUCAACAGUAUCAGUGCGAUUCAUGCCAAAAGAUAUUUAAAUCGAAAAAAUAUCUAUUGAGCCAUCAGAAAAUACAUGGACCUAAGGAGCAUACCUGCGUGCAAUGUAGCAAAUCGUUCACAAGACGUCAAGAUUUGAACAAACAUAUGAAAACUCACGCAAACAUCACGGAAAAUAUCGAAGUGAAUGAAAGGAAGCUCACCGUAGGUAAUCUUCACAAUAUAAAAUCGGAACCACAAGAAGUCGAAAUCCAAACGAUACUGACAGAAUCAAAAUUGAGUGAUUCUUCAGAGAAAUCGAAACACAACGACAAAGCGUUGCUGCCAAAAAUACCAGUAAGAUUGGAAUCGGACGCAUCCAAUUCAUUGGAAAAUAUUUCAAACGAUGGGAAUCCUAAUAUGGUUAAAAAGGUUGAUGCAGUUACAAGUAACGAUAAUCAACUGCGGUGUGAUAUCUGCCAAAAAACCUUUAAGUCUAGUAGAACAUUGAGAUCCCACAAGAAAGUCAUACAUGAAGUAAAAGCACACAUAUGCACAAUUUGUGAGCGUCCGUUUUCGUUACGGCGGGCAUUGCUCAAGCAUAUAGAAACACAUCGAUCUAUUCACGAACGAAAGCAAGCAAAGCCGGUUGCAGACACAAAAGAUGUUAUCAAACCACACAAGUGCGACAAAUGCGACAAAGCGUUUCGAGGCAAAGGACGUCUUUGGGAACACAACAAAAAAGUGCAUGGUUCUAGAACUCACGAGUGUCACAUUUGCGCGUACAGAUUCACAACACGACAUCAAUUGAUGAACCAUCUAAAGCGGCAUACUAGAAACAAAGACAGCACUGAAGACUUUUGCCAAUUGCAGCUGGUGCAACAGAAAGAUCAACGUCGCUUCACAGAUACGAAUGCCACGAACUCCGUGGAUCAAAAUGUUGAUACUUCGCUAACAAAAUGCGAAAAAUGCCAAAAAGUGUUCACAGCCCCAAACUCACUGUGGCUACACUACAAAUUUGCUCACAAUCCCAAGAAGCUCAAAUGCUCUGUGUGCAACGUUGAUUUCGUGUCCAGUAUACGGUUGGAAAAGCACAUGCAGGCAAACCACAAGCAAGAGGACGGCAGUUGCCAACCCUUGAAGUGCAAAGUGUGCAGUAAAGUCUUCCAAUUCAAGACACGGUUGAGGCGUCACAUGCUGAAUCAUGGGCCAAGGAAAUACUGCUGUUCGGUUUGUAACAGAACAUUUGGAGUAGAGCAGAACUUGAAGUCGCACAUGAUAUCCCACAAAGACAUAUCUUCUGGUUGCCAAUCAUCUACAGAGGAUAGCAUCAUCACUGAGCAUCACGGUGCAAUUACUUCCAAAGUGAAGUUGGAAAAAAAUUGCUCUGAACCCCAUGAAGAAUCUGAAUGCUCCAGUGCUGAAGCACAUGACAAGGAUCGUCCUACAACCGACGAUGAGUUUCUUUUUGAAGCUGGUGAAUUUAAGAUUGAACCGGAAUGGAUCAUGACUUCAAACAAAAUUGACUCAAAAUUGUUCGCAAGAUCCGAUCGAAUAUGUCGCCUAUGUUUAGGUGAAGAGUGUCUGAGCAGUGUCAUUCAGGAGCGCGACCUACAGCAAUGGAUUUCGGAAUACCUUUCAAUUGUGGUGUCCUCCGAGGACCGCAUGAGUCAUCUGAUAUGUACAAUGUGUCGAAUACGAAUCAUCGAGUUUCACCAGUUCCGAGUACGUAGUCAGGAAGUGCAAAGCUUUCUUCAAAACAUGGUGCUUGAAGAAGGUGGUCAAUCCGAACAAUCCAGUGAUCAAAGACGAAAAAGUAAGCGGAAUACUGAUUCAGGGACUACCAUCCGACAAGCUGUUAGUAGAAAGGAAAUAUGUGAACACACUCAGUGUGAUAUUUGUCAGAAAGUGUUCGAAACCAGGAAACAAUUAACGGAUCACAGAAGAUGUCAUAGAUCUAAGAAACACGGAUGUGCCGAAUGUUACAAAAAAUUUGGCAGACGCGAACGAUUGAAAAAACACAUGGAAAAGCACGCAAAUAAAUUGCUCAAAGCAUUAGAGACAAAUUUGAACGAGAAAGAUAAAAAUAUAGGUGAUCUUGACGAGGCAGUUGUGGUAAAACUAGAGGCAGCUCCAGUUUCUCCAAAUGAUAGUGUCCACGAUUACGAUGAAAGGAGUGAUAAUGAAACACAUGACAAGGACGACAAUGAAGCACUAAUCGGCAUAGAGGAUAUGAUUGAAGUUGAAGAAGUGAAAAUUGAAACUCGCACAGAGAAUGAUGAUGAUCUAGAUAAGAAACCCAUCACCAUUUCUCAUUUCCUGCCAGGGGAAAUAAUUGCCAUAUCAUGUGAUGAUGGUGAGGAUGAUGAAAACAAAAGCAAUCAAAGUGAUACUGGAGAUGAUCACUCAGUCGUUUCGGAUGUACCAGUUCAAUCGAAAGCUAAUGAUAGAAUUCAACAAUAUCAAUGUAACGAAUGCCAGAAACAGUGCCAAACUAAACAAAAGCUCAGUUUUCACUAUAGAUUAGUACAUGGUCCGAAAAAUCACAAAUGCCUAGUUUGUGGACUACAAUUCACUUUACGCCAAGAUAUGAAAACCCACAUGCGUACAACGCAACAUUUAAACAAAUUGCGUGAAUUGUCAAAAAAUAAAACUAGUAAGGCAAAAUAUGAAAACACCAGGACUCACAAGCUAAAAACUGAUUCUGUAGAUAUUACAAAAAUUACGCCAGAAAUAAAACAAGGAAGUUUGAAAACGAUCAGUACAAGCCCCCAAGAACAGGAUAAUGCUUUGUUCUGCGAUAAAUCUGAAAUGGCCAUAUUGCGAAGCACUGCGGUAAAUAGCGAAUCGCCAAGGGAAGACAAUUCCAAUCAUAGUGACGAUUUGCACACCUGCUUCAAAUGCGAUCGCUCUUUCAAGCGAAAAGGCCAAUUAAAAAAUCACAUGAAAAGCCAUAACGAAAAAUUAGAAGGUGAACUGUCAACGGAUAGAGAGGUACUCGAGGCUGGGAUUGAUAAGCUCGCCAGUUAUAACCUAAAGAAAAGGAGCGGUCAACCCAUCACCAAAGAUGCAGAUUCGGAUUCGGAUGUUUCCAUCAUUUUGCAAGAAAAUGAAUGCAAUGUCUGCCGCAAGGUGUUCAAAAAUCAUAAAAAUCUUAAAAACCACAUGAGACAUCAUGGAGUCAAGAAACAUGUGUGUAAUGUUUGUGGAUAUUCUUUUGUUCGAAGUGACUAUUUGAACAACCACAUGAAGACACACACUAGUAAUGUAAAGCAGAGAAAGACUGUCGAGAAAGCCACUUUCAUACAUAAAAAUGCAGAGAAUUUGCAACCAUUCCAAUGCGAUAUCUGCUAUAAGGUAUGUUUGGACGGACAACAACUUCGGUACCACAAAAGAUCUGUGCAUGGUCCGAGAAAUCAUGUUUGCUUGAUUUGUGAAGUUCGUUUCACUAAACGCUUCAAUAUGACGAAACAUCUGCGCACAAAGACACAUCUACUUAAUCUGCGUAGCAAAUUAACUGACAAAAUAACUGACUUCAACAAUGAAGGUACUACAGAACGCGUUUUACAGAAUGAAUCGCGCAUUGACAAUACGCAUGCUCCAGUAGAAUCCAUUCAAGAUGUUUCAUCUAGCGAUGACGAUUCCAUUAGUGGUCAUAGCGAAAGUGUGCAACUCAAUAAGGAACACGUCAACAAUGAAUACGCGUGUUCGAAAUGUAAUCGAACAUUCAAGCGACAAUGUCAGUUGGAAAAUCAUCUGAGAACUCACGACAACGUAUGGCCACAAGGGUCACUACCGAUGGAAUUCGAAGAUGGGGACUCGAGCAUAUCCGAGGAAGGAGAUUCCGACUCAAGUAGCUAGUUUGGUUUGUUGUUAAGAAUAUAGUCCACCAAAGAAAGAUAAAA